CUGAAACACCGUGUUGAAGCGCAGCGACAUUUUUAUCUCAGUUCAUUUCCUCUUCUACUAAGGCCCGAUUUGGACUGUCUGAUCUCAAAACCCUAACAACUGGAUGCUCGCAACUAAUCAUACCUAAAACAAACACAAGAGAAUUAAAAGGUUCUGUGUGAUAUUUGCGACCACACACCACUGGCUCUGAUGUUUCACAUCAGUCUGUGACGCUCAUACAAGAGACCAUUAACACACACUCAACAUGUCUGCUCUACAGGCAACAUGGCCGCCGGGCACGGAGUGUGUGGCAAAGUAUAAUUUCCAGGGCAGCACUGAUCAGGACCUGCCCUUCUGCAAAGGAGACCUGCUCACUAUCAUUGGUGUAACUAAGGACCCGAACUGGUACAAAGCAAAGAACUCUGUUGGCAGAGAGGGCACAAUUCCAGCCAACUACGUACAGAAGAGAGAGGGAGUGAAAUCUGGAGGAAAACUCAGUUUGAUGCCAUGGUUUCAUGGUAAGAUCACGCGUGAACAGGCAGAGCGUUUGCUUUAUCCUCCUGAGACGGGACUGUUCUUGGUGCGUGAGAGCACAAACUACCCCGGCGACUACACGCUGUGUGUUAGCUGCGACGGGAAGGUGGAACAUUAUCGAAUAAUUUACCACAGUGGAAAACUAUCCAUCGAUGAGGAGGAGUACUUUGAUAAUCUCAUGCAGCUGGUUGAGCACUACACCAAAGAUGCUGAUGGUCUGUGUACACGACUAAUCAAACCCAACCUGAUGGAGGGGACAGUGGCGGCGCAGGACGAGUUCUCCAGGAGUGGUUGGGCCCUUACUAGGAAAGACUUGAAACUUCUGCAGACCAUUGGAAAAGGAGAAUUCGGAGAUGUGAUGGUUGGAGAUUACCGCGGUACAAAUGUGGCAGUGAAGUGUAUCAAACAUGACGCUACGGCUCAGGCAUUUCUUGCUGAAGCUUCAGUCAUGACUCAGCUCCGACACCCUAACCUGGUACAGUUAUUGGGGGUGAUUGUGGAAGAAAGAGGCAGUUUGUUCAUCGUCACAGAAUAUAUGGCAAAGGGCAGUCUGGUGGAUUACCUGCGCUCUCGGGGUCGAACUGUGCUCGGGGGAGAGUGUCUCCUCAAAUUCUCGCUUGAUGUAUGUGAAGCCAUGGAGUAUUUGGAGGUCAACAACUUCGUACACAGAGAUUUGGCGGCACGUAACGUCUUGGUGUCGGAUGAUAACAUUGCCAAAGUUAGCGACUUUGGUCUGACCAAGGAGGCCUCAUCCACUCAGGACACGGCCAAACUACCCGUCAAGUGGACCUCGCCCGAGGCUCUGCGAGAGAAGAGGUUUUCCACUAAAUCAGACGUCUGGAGUUAUGGAGUUCUUCUUUGGGAGAUUUAUUCCUUUGGUCGGGUGCCGUACCCCAGAAUUCCACUGAAGGAAGUGGUGCCACGUGUGGAGAAGGGCUAUAAGAUGGAUGCGCCUGAUGGUUGUCCGGCUGCAGUCUAUGACCUCAUGAAGCAGUGUUGGACACUGGACCCAGCGGGGCGACCCUCAUUCCAUAUGCUGUGUGAGAAACUGCAGCACAUCAGAGCGAAAGAUCUGUACCUGUGAGGGCCGACGGGGGCCCGGGGACAACGAUUCAAGAGACACAGGAACUCCUCAGUCACAAACUGAAACCUUUUACUGUGGCGCUGCAUUCUUUUUUGUCUGUUUGGACAUGGACUGUUGACGAACUCUCAUGAAUAUUAAUGUGAGAUUAGGAACACACCUCUUGAGUUUGUGUGAGUGUGUGUUUAAAGGUUCUAGAUGUCUGUCUCUCUGCGUCAUUAUUUGCUUCUCUGUUCUCAUUCUUUUCUCGUUUCUGCUCAUGGCAUCUGUGAGGAAGGCUGGUCUUUUCCUCUGCUAUUUUUCUUUGUUGUUUUUUUUAUUUUCCACAACAAUACCUGAGUGAAUCUCAUGAAAACAUGUCCAGGCCAUAUUUCAUCUCAAAAUCAAAAGUAAA